UCUUCUACUGUUUGUGUGUAUCGACGUCCCCUGUCCAGCCCUGUUUCCGUUCUUUUUAACAGUAAAAUUGUAUUUUGUGAAGAUGUCGGAGGAUCUGCGGUCAGAACUGGAGAAAUAUCUUCAGACGUUAAACAUCCAGACGACCUGCGUGGAGCACCCGCCGGUGUUCACGGUGGAGGAGAUGAUGCCUUACCUGGAGCAGGUGAGCGGAGCCGUCAGUAAGAACCUCUUCCUGAAGGACAAGAAGAAGAAAGGCCUGUGGUUGGUGUCGGCCCGCCACGACCGCCAGGUGAACCUCAACGAACUCGCCAAGAAGCUCGGCGUCGGCAGCGGCAACCUGCGCUUUGCUGACGAGGCGGCCAUGUUGGAAAAACUCAAGGUGGGUCAGGGUUGUGCGACGGCUCUCGCUCUGCUCUUCGAUAAGGACCGCAGUGUGAAGUUCGUCCUGGACCGAGACCUGGUUGAAGGAGGCCACCAGAUGGUUUACUUCCACCCCAUGACCAAUGCCGCCACCAUGGGCCUCCGACCCGAAGACCUGCUGCUCUUCCUCAAGGAGACGGGACACGAACCGAUACUGGAGAACUUCGAGUAGGACGAGACCUGGACCUGGACCUGGACCUGGACCUGGACCUGGAUCUGGACCUGGACCUGGAUCUGGAUCUGGACCUGGAACUGAACCUGGAACUGAAAAUGGGACAAAGGCAGCCUAAAGGCACCAGACUUGGAAAUAAACUUGUGCAUUAUAUUGGAGGAGGAUGUGAAGAUUUGCUGCAGAUUGGACCAACAGCUCAGUUUAAAGAUUCAAAAGGUUCAAAGAUUCAAAAUUACAUUUUUAAUAUAUUAAAAUCAAGCAAACACUUUAAAAAGUCUUCAUGUCACAAAUCCAAAUUAUGCACCUUAAAAUGAGACACUGAUCAGCUUCUCUUUAAAACUAUUUAAUGUUCACUGAGUUUCCAUUGAUCAUUUCUCAGUCGGGAAGACAAACUGUAUAUUUUAGAUCUAUUGCUUUAAUAUUCUGUAUGUCUUCUGCAUUAUUUUAUAUAAAAUUCAUUCAACAUUCUCCCUGAAAUGUUUGUUUUUUUAACCUUCAUUUAGUUUUUAAUUUGGUUUUAAAUGCAGUUUUGAACAACUCUUUCCUACAGCGCCACCCUCAGGAUACUAGUUCACACAUUUCUGACAACAUCAACAAAAACUAAACCCUAUAAACUUUGUGAAGCUUUUCUUUAGUUGAUUACAUAAAUGUGCCUAAUAAUGUGGUCAUGCAGUGUGCAGUAUAUGCAGCCUAAUGACCAGCUAAACUCUUUUGGUUCACUGAGGCAUCAUUGUCAAACACAAUCCUGCUACAAAAUCUGCUGAAGGAGUUUCAUACAGUAAUUAACCCAGCAGGGAGUUGAAAAGGUGAAUUAUUUUUCACAAAUUGCCAAAAUUACACUAACUGAGCCACAAACUGUAAAAAUAGAAUCAUCAGUGUUUUUUACUUUCCAGCGUAGCUUUUUAUUGGGAAACUCAACCAAAUGUGAAGUAUUUCAUCAAAAUCACUUUAUUCUACAUGUCUCAUUUUAAAAAAACACUGAAAAUUACUUGUUUGCUCAAAACAGAUUUUGAUGAACUGGUACAACAUGUUUCCAAGUGUCUACAGGUGUUACCCAUAGAGGGAAAUGCUUCAGAUAGUUUUAUUUGGUUUCUGCUCUGGAUAAAAACCUCCUACAGUUCAGCCUUAAAGUCCCUGAAUUUUUUCCAUGUGAUUGUUGAUCACAGAUCAGUCAUUAAUGGCUUCAUAGUUGCACUGAGAUGUGCAGAAUUUUUUGUUUUUUUUACAAAAUGUGGUUGAUAAAAAGCAUUUGUUUUUGGUGCACUUUGAAAUGAGACAUGUGGAAUAAAUAUUGUCUGAUUUUAAGCUUAGAUUUGAGUUUUACAAUGGAACGUCACAGAUGAGAAGUUCAAGGACUGUCAGAAAGUUGAAAAUCAGAUGAUUGUUCUUGUUUUUAUACUUUUGGGAUCUGAUUAAAAGGGUUAGGGUUAGGGCAAUUUUGGCAAUAUUGUUAUGAUCCUGCUCCAGCCCCUGCCUUUCUUUCCCCUUCUUCCUCUUUUUCCUCCUUUCUCCCUUGAGUCCUGAUUUGUUUCUGCUUUGACCUGUCUCUCUUUGGUUCCCUCUGUCUGUCCGUCUUGUUUAACCACCAACUUCCAGAUUCCCUGUGUCAGCCUACCUUGCCCCAUUAGUCCUGUCCCACACUGGUUUUGUAAGUACUUUGUUUGUUGCAUAGUUUAGUUUAUCCCAGUUUGGUUUUUGUAAUUUAGCUGUGAGUUUUUGUAGGUUUUGGAAUGUAGUUUAUUCUAGAAUUAGAUUUGGUUUAGUUUUUCCUAGUUGUUUUCUCUUUCCUGUAUUGGUUUAGUUUUUUGUUUGGGCUAAUUAAAGACCUGUUUCUGUUGC